AUGAUGUAACCUUUACAACUUGAAGAUCCUUUUUCAGAGGAAAUAUAAGUAGAUGAUGAAGAAGUAAUCUAUUUAUAUAUUCUUAGAUAAGAAGGAUUAUAAAUACCUUCAAUAUUGAAGAGCUAAGAAAGCACCUAAAACACAAUAAUUUUUAAUUCUGGAACAAUAUAAAGCACGCUGACCACUUAAUGGAGGUGAUGGAAUAACACCUAGCCCAGGUUGUAACAGAACUAUAAACAAAUCCUAAAUAUGAUUGUUUUGAACUUUUAGAAUUUCUUUUAGAAUUUCUUUUAGAACUCACCAAUAUACCUAGAUUAUCGAAAAAUAGACGUAUUAGUAUAUUUUUUAUUAAAGUAAUUCCUGGUUCAGAGAAUUUACUCAAGAUAAUCGAAUAUACAGAAGACUUACGCACUUAUGAUGUAAUUUCUUAGAUUCUCUUAUUGUGUUUUACGGAUAUAAUUAAACGAAAUAAUGAGAUCCUUCCAAGAAUAUUGUAUUUGUGGAAAAUUUUCUAUUAUCAUAUUAAUUUUCUUGGUUCUCAAAAAGUCAAUUUAAUUGACUAUUAUUAUUAAGAUCCUAAGUAUCGAGAAUUCUGCCAGGAACCAAUUGAAUCUCUGUAGUUUGAUGUUGAAUAUUUUGAACCUACUAAAUUAGAUGAAAGUUAUGAAGAUUUGUAAAAAAAUUUUAUUCAUUCGAAAAAGUUGGAAGGGUAAUUAUAAAAAAAAGUAUAAACUAUAAAUUGAUUUUUAGAUAAUAUCAAUAGUGGAUGACAAUUCAAGUUCAGCUCUUACCUUGUCUAGAAAUCUAUUAAAUCUACAAAAUUAACCCCUCUCCCCAUUAAUAGAAAUAGUAAAAUUUCGAAUUCUAAUUUAACGAGGUUUACAAACAGAUCCAAAAAAAACUAAAAGUAUUAUAGUAGGACUACAUUUAAAAUCGUUAAAAUUCUUGGAAUAAAGACUUAUUUUUUCAACUAGCAUAUUUAAAACGUGUUACCAUCAAAUAAUCGGAAAGUUAGAAUAAACAGAUAAUAAAAAUUUAUUCCGACUGGAAACCAUAGAACCAAAGACAUUAACGUAAGUAAUUGUAAUCCUAUCAAACUAUAAUAAUUUGGCAAGAAAUGAAAAAAAUUAAGAGUUCUUACUAAAAUUGGUAACAGAUGUAUUAUCUAUGAGUCAUAUGGAAGAAAAUGAAUAAAUUUAAGGUUUUCCCUUAAAGUACAAUUCAUAAAUCUUGAGUUAAUAAUUAGCAAUGGAUGGUAAAUUAACUUCCUGCAUCCUAUUAAAUUUUCUUCGUCUUUCAUUUAGAAAUGAAGUUUUCUCUUAAGACGUAAUCUAAAUGCUAUUAAGAGUUCUUAAUAUUUAAGAUAACAAGUUAAUGCUUCUUCCUGAAUAAUUUGGAGAUGCAUUAUAGCUAUUUAGUUGUUAUUGCCUAAAAAAUCCAGAAACCCUAAAUCAGAAUUUUGAUGAUCUUUUAUCCAUUAUUGUACAUUCCAUAAAGUAAGGAUAAAACUUGCAAAAGCCAAGCCAACAAGGUUAUGUUUAAAUUAGUGAUACGGAGGCAGAUUCUAUAACGAAGAGGUGCCUUAAAAUCUUAUCUUCACAUUUUGAAUUUAAUCAAAUAUAACAAACCAAUGUUUUUAGAACUAAUUAAGCAAUAAAUAUUGACACAAUGUUAUCGAAUAAGAUUUUAAACUCAAAUAUUUUAGACUCCUUUGCUGAAAAAUUCAGUUAAGAAGUAUAAUUUACGGAUACAGCUUAAUUAGUUUUAUCGUUUAUUUCUUGUUUAACUAGGGUAGCUCCUGAUAAGACUGAAAGAAUAAUUGACUCCAAGACACCUGUAAUGUUGAAUGAUAUUAUUCAAAGAAUAAGGAUAGAAGAAUUAGACCUUAAAAAGACUAUUUAAAUAUUAGAUUUUUAUUUAAAUAUUUGUUUAUAAGAAAAGGGAUUUCUUCUCUUUAGCAAUUCAGCUGUCAAAUUAAUAUCUGAUCUAUUACAAUAUCAUUUAGUGGUUUAAGAUAACUUAUCAAAGUCAUGGUUAUAGAAUUUAGGCUAUCGUAUAAGAUAAAUUAUUAAUUCAAAUAAUAGGAUGAAAAUAUAAUUAAUUGAACCUAUUCAAUAAAUCUAUUAAUAAGCAUUAGAAUAAUUAAAUAACAGAAUCAAAAAUUUGAAAUUUGAUUAAGAAGGUAAAACAGAAUUUAAAAAGAUUGUUUAGAAAAAAAAUGCCAUCAUAAGUUUUAAUAAAGACAUUCGUUUGUAAUCUAAUGGAAUUAUAGAUGUAAUAAAAAAUUUUUUUAAAAUCCCUAGCUUCAACAUUUUUUAUUCUUCAAUUGUAAUUAUGUUAUUUAUUUUAGGAUACACCUACAAGAAUAAUAGAAACAGUCUUAUAGAUAAUAGAAUCAUGGGAAGCGGAUUUAGGAUAAAAAUUGGAUAAUGCCUAACUUCAAUAUUUAAAUGAACAAUAAUUCUUUGAUUAAUUUUCACCUUAAAAUUUAACAAUAGUUGGUUGUUAUUCAGAAAUUUUUCACUGUUUAUCUGCUAUAACUUUUUAGGAAAUCAGAACAACUGCUACAGAAUUAAGAUGCAAAUUAUUAGAAAAAUUGUGUCCUCUAUUCGGACUGGUGAUAGUUACAAAAGAUUCUGAAUAAUUGAAAAAAGCUUAAGGAUAGUUUUCUGAUAUUGGAAUAUUAAUUGGGUUAUUUUAGGAUCUAACAAGGAUAGAAACAAAUAUAUAUUUAGAACCUAUAGGCAAGUUUUUUGAAAAACUAAGUUAGUACCUGGUUUCUUAUCCUAAUGCUACUACAUAGCAAUUAAUAUUAAUAUCUACCUUAUUACAAAUAAUUGGCCCACCUUUUAGAACAAAGCUUUAAAUUCUUCUAAUCGAUUCUUCAUUUAAGAAUAACUUAUUAAAUACUCUAAAGAAUUAUAAUGGAAAUGAUCAAUAAAACUCAAAAAUAACAAAAGAGUUAGAUCUUUACUUUGAAUAAGUGUUUCAAUAUUUAUACAAUCUUCCAAGAAGUAAAUAGGAUUUAGUAUCCAUACUUCCUAAGAUAAUUUAGGAUAUUUCAUCUCUUUAUUAAAUUAUCAUUGAUUCAGAUCAAGAAAAUCUAAUAAAAAUAAUUGGAUUUUUAACAACAAAGAUAGGUUCAAUCUUGAAUCUUGAAUCUAAAAAAAAUUCUGAGUUAAUAAAGUUGGUUGAAGAAAUGGGCUAUUCUAGACAACUUAUUUUAGAAGCAUUUAAUAUAAAUUCUAACUUUACUAAUCAGACGAUUUUGGUUAAUUUUUUAGAAGAGAAUAGGAAUUUACUUGAAUAACGAAUACAAUAAGGCCAAUAAUAAGAAGAUUUUAAUUUAGAGAUGAUUGAAGCUUAAAAAGAAUCGUUAAAAAUCUACAUAAAAACAAAUAUUUUAAGAUUUUCAGCAUCACAAGUAGGUUUCCUAGAUUUCCCAGAAUUAGAAUUUGAUCAAACGUUAUUGUUCAAAUAUUUAUAGUAAACAGCUUAUCAAUAGUUUAAUUUAAAAUUAUACUUCUAAGGGGUUGAAUUUGAGAAUACAAUCACCCCUCCACCUUGGAGCAUAGUUGUAAUUUUAAAAUUGCUUAGUUAGUAAAAACACUUUACUGAAUAAUAAGACUUAAUAGCAAUUGAAAUGAUAAAAAUACUUGACAAAUUAUUGCAAUAACCAGAAAUAUGUAAGCACGGCAUAUAAGCAAUAAAUUUUACAUUGUCUAUUUUGACUAAAUUAAUCAAUAACAAUUAAGAAGUCAUAAGCCUGCUACUAAAUGGAAUUAAAAAAAUACUUGAUUUACAAGUUUAGGUUGAGUUUACUGUAGUGUCAUGCAUUAAUGCAUUAAUUAAAGUCUUUUCAAAGAAUAGAUAAUCAAUAAAUCAGUUUAUUUAGGAAUUUGAAGGGUUAGAAUUGCUUUACAAAUUGAAAGGAAAAUAAUUAAAUCAUACAACUAUUUUUGGUAGAUUGGGAAUAGGAAUACUUUCUGAUCAAAUUACUUUGAGGGCAUAAAUUGAAGCAAAAAUAAAAAAAAUAAUAUUUGAUUAAGAAAAUAAUUAAGAAAUAAAAAAAUCGUAUCAAACUACAAAUGGCCUGUACUUUUAGAAUGAAAAUGCCUAUCCGAUUUGCUUAAAACCAAUAUAACACAAUAUUUAGGCAAAUAAACAAUGGAAAAUUAAAAAAAAUAAUCCUAAAUUGCUGGAACUUCAAAAUGAUGUGUUAUUUAAGGAGGAGGUAAAAGAAGUCAUGAAUUUAUUAUUUAUAGAAUCUGAAGAGGAAUAAUGUUACAUAUUAAAAAAUGGUAUUGAACUAGAUACAUUAAAUAGCAUCAAUUAAAACGAGGAUUCAAUAACCUAAUUUAAUUUCAAACAUACUAAAGAAACUUAAAUUUUCUUUAAAUUUUUAGUUUAAAAACUUAUUUAAUCAUAUUUUGAUACUAAUACACAACAUUAAUUUAAUUGGAAAGCUAUAUUAGAGGUGUUAUUGUUUCUUAUUUAAAAAUUUCCAAUAUUAUUACCAGUGCUUUUACGAAUUAAUUGCAGUUAAUACCUUCAAUAAUAUAAACAUAAUAUAGGAUAUGAAUUAUAAGAAUUACCUACUUAAAUAUCAUUUCUUUCAAUGAUAACAAGGUUUAUCCAACCUUCCCAUAAUUUUUUAUUUUAUAUAUGUUUGGAUAAUUUAAUAUUAUUCAGAAAGUCUAAUAAUAUAAUUGUUCCUUUUGCAAAUGAAAUAAGAAGACUAAUUAUAAAAUAGCUGUUUAGUGAGAUUAGCAUAGCAAUAAAAACAUGUGACGAAAAAUUAAAGAACUUAACUUUACUUUUAGGAAUAUUAUUGUAAAUAAAAUCUGUAGCCAAAAUUUGUAUUAAAAACAUCAAUGAGCCCCAAGAAUCUUUUAAUUUUGUGAAUUUGUACAUUGAAGGAAUCAAAAAGUACGAUCUGUAAUAAUACUUUAUCUACAAAGAUUAAAUUUACUUUAUACUUACAAUAUUGAACUUAUUAUAUAACGUGGCUACAUACUUUCUUUUAGAGCAAAAUGAGCCAAAACUAACUUAUUAGCAUUAAUAAAAUAUGAUGAAUAAUGAUAAUUAACAAGGAAGAAAAAUUAUUGGUGAAAUGAGGUUAAAAGAAAUUUAAAGUUAAUUAUUCUCGUUUAACCAAAAAUAUCUCUUUGACUAACGAAAUCCUUAUAAAAUAUCCAAAUUAUAUCUUUAAUAAUGGCCAUUAUUUACAGAAGAAAAUUUUUCACCAUAGACUUAGACAUUAAAAGAAUUAACUCAAAAUGAGUAAUUAAACUUAAUUUAAAAUAACUUGGAGUCUCGUGAAAUUACUGCAGUAGACUUGGAACACGAAGAAAAUUAAUUUAUUAAUUAGAUUGGACAGGAAGCUAAUUAAGAAACUUAUAAAAGCUUAGAAAACAAACAAGUCUUGGACGAUUUUGUGAAUGCUUUCAUCAAUAACUAAAUUUAGGUUAAUAUCUAAUUCACUGUAAUUUUCUAAUAAUUACGUUUACCAAGAUAGUUUUAACAUUAUUUGUAAAGGCUUCGAGGGUUUCUUGUACAAGAUUCCACUGAGGUUUCUUAAAUUUAAUAGAGAGUAGAAUUAGUGGAUGACAUUAUAAGGUUAAGAUUUAACAUGCGAUAAGAAAAUAAUACAACUAUCCAAGUUAUAGGUAGACAGUCUUAAAAUCAUUUAUUUUAGGAAAAUAUAUUCAAUCAAUAAAACAACGAUAAUCUCGAGUUGAUAAAUGAAAAUUUUGAAAGAAAUGCCUAUUAUAAUAAUGCUGAUAUUGUUUUCAAUGACGAAAACCUUGACGAAGAUAACAUAGGUGAUUAAUUUUAAUAGCAAGAAUAAUAAAACGAAGUAUAACAAACCAAUCAGAAUAUGACACUUGAAAAUGUAAAUUGUAUCUUGGAUAUAAGAAGAUAUACUCUAAAAAAUUUAGGAAAACUAGAUGAUUAGUUAAUUCAAUUUUUGAUGAAAUUUCUAUGUAUAAAAGAUGUUGAGGCUAAUUUAAACGGUGUUCUUAAUUUUUUGAAAACUCUAGUGCCUAAAAUGAAUAUAACGAAUUUAAUAAUUAAUAAUUUAAUUCAGAUAUUAAAAUAGUUGAACGAAUCGGUGCAAGAUUGUAAAUAAGGUUUAGAAUUAGUGAAAAAAAGAGUUUUAGAGGUGAUGGUUGAUUUAUAAAAUUUAUAAAAAUGCCAAUUAUCAACCAAUACUUUUAAAGAAUUGAUAAGCUCAAUUGAAUUGUUUUAAGGUCAAUAGUUGAAUCUGCUUAUUUAAUUUAUGGGGAAUUAAGAAUAAAUAUCGAUUCCAGAAUUAAGUGAAUAUUAAAUUAACGCUCUUUUCAAUAAUAUGCUUAAAGAGAAGGAUUUAGAGUUCAGUAACAAUUAUGUAUAAUUGAUAUCAAAACUUUUGGGUGUUUCAUAGAACAGAAAACAUUUUUUUAAGCUGAUGGAAGAUGUAGUUGAAAACUCUACAGAUUAUUAUUAGAUUCAAUUAGAAAAUAGAAAUACAAGUGAUUCAUGCUUUUACAAAAUAUAUGAAGUUGAAAAAAUAUUUUAACUGCUUUAAAUUGCUUAUAAACAAGGUCCUGAGGAAUAAAGUAGUUGCGAGAAGUUUUUGAACUCACUUAAACUUGAGAAAUUAAUGAAGCUCGCUGAACAAGUUAUUUCCAGGAUACCAAAGGAAUAAGUCCAAAAAUAUUACCCAGCCAUAUCACCAAUAUUCAGUAUCUUAGUAAUAUCCAAUUAAAUUCUCAAUCCAAAUAACCCUGAAUAAUUACUUUUUUUAACUAAAUUAGCUUCUAUGGAGAUGUCCAAUUCUCUUUCAGGUUCCCUAGAAAUUGGAGUAGUUGACUUUGAAAGUUUUUCAAGAGAGAUUUGUAGACAGGGCAAAACUUUUAUCAAUUAUAUAAUAAAACAGAAACUUAGAUAAAUGAAAGGAUAAAUUUUGAGACGUUAAUAGCCUUCUAGAAACACACAUGAUUUUGAAUUUUAGAACAUUUAUGUGGAUUAUUUUUUUCUAAAUCAUUCCAAAUGUAUUGAUUUUGAAAAUAAGAAAUUAUACUUUCAAUUCAAGCUGACAAGUAGAUAACGAAAAAGAUUAUCAGUAAGAAGAAACCAUAUUUUCGAGGAUUCUUAUAAUAAGAUUAAAAGUUGUGAUCCUCAAUUAUUAACAAAUAUAACUGUUAUAUUUGAAGGUGAACAAGGUAUAGACGUGGGAGGUUUAUCAAAGGAGUGGAUGUAAUUACUCAUGAAAGAAAUAGUAGAUCCAAAUAAUAAACUAUUUAUUCCUACUUCAAAUAAUUUGUUUUGUUAAAUUAAUAGGGAAUCCUAUCAAGAUCCUGAUUAUCUGAACAAAUUUAAAUUCAUUGGUAGGAUUUUUGCGAUAGCCAUCACCAAUGGACUUAAAGUAUUUGGAAGGUUUCCAAUCUCCUUCUUUAAACACAUUAUAGGUUAAAAAUUAUCUAUAUUUGAUAUAUCAUAUCAUGAUGAAGGGUUAUAUCAAUAAUUCUAUUCUCUCUAUUACAGUAAGAGUAACACUGGUUUUGAAUAAUAUUUUUUAUACACAAUUGUUAAUAAUGGGAGACCUGAAGAUCUAGAGCUUAAAUAAGGUGGAGAAGAAAUACUAGUUACUUAGGAAAACAAAAAAGAAUUCAUAAAACUGUAUUGCGAUUAAAUCAUGGCAAAAAACACUGAAAAUUAAAUGAAAGCCUUUUUAGAAGGGUUUUACUCCGUGAUACCAAGAUAAUACAUUAGUAUUUUUGACUCAACUUAACUAGAAUAAUUGUUAUGUGGCUAAAAUUACAUAGAUGGUAAUACUUAUAUAUAUAUAUUCUUAGUUGACGAUCUUAUAAAUAAUCUUUAGUACAUUGAUUUUGCUCCCUAAAAUGAGGCGAUUAAAUGGUUAUAAAAUACUUUGAGGAGUUUCAGUUAAGAUUUGCUGGCAAAAUUCUUAAAAUUUGUAACAUGUAAAGAAAAAAUUAAUUUGUAGCCUUACCGUUGGCACCAAUAGGAGGAUUUCAGAAUUCAGAAAGAAAAAUUCAAAUUAGUAAGUUUCAGUGUGAUUUCAAUAUGACCGAUUAAGUAUUACCUGUAGGACACACAUGGUAUAAUAUAGAUUUACUUAUAAUAGUUUAAAUUAAUUAGAACUGCCUCCCUAUUCAUAAGAAUAAAUCUUAGCUGCAAAAUUAGAGCUUGCUAUAACAGAAGGGUCAGAUGAAUUUACAUUGGCAUGA